AAAAGGCAGUUUUGAGCGUCGGUGUGGUCAAGGAACUCGUCCCCGUCAAAGUAAAAGGGUGACGGAGUUUCAAAAAAUUUUAUUAAUUGUCAAGGCGCUAUUCGCAUUGGGAAAAAAUAUUUAUUGCUAAGCCCGAUUGGGCGGUUGGUGAACAACCAAAUUUAUCACCGAGCAUAAUUUUCCGUCUCGAGGCGAGUUUAUAAUGCGAAUGCCUACUGUUUGGGAGUGGGUGAAACAUACUUAUAAAUAAGCGACAUGUAAUGACAUAACGUCCUAUCUAUAUGCAAGGAUAAAUUAAUUUGUAUCGCAACACAGAUAAUUCCCAGUCUACAGAGAACAUCACAAGCCUAAGGAAUUGAAAUGGCAAAUCUCGUAAAAAUCGAACAGGGCUCUUUAAAGGGUGCGAUUGUUGACAGUGAGUUUGGGCAAUUUAUCACAUUCAGUGGAAUCCCAUACGCCGAACCACCUGUUGGGAAUCUAAGAUUCAAGGAUCCUCAACCUCCAAAACUUUGGGAAGGUGUUAGAGAUGCAACGAAGGAAGGAAGCGUUGCGCCUCAGUUUGGGCCUCCAAUCAGUGAAUUUAUCGGCCAAGAUGAUUGUCUUUACCUCAACGUAUCGACAAAUAAUUUAAGAGGAAAGAAAGCCGUUAUGGUGUGGAUCCACGGCGGAGGAUUUACCAACGGUUCCGGAAAUGCCGAGUUUUAUAGACCUGACUAUUUUAUGCAACACGAUGUUGUGUUUGUCUCCAUCAACUACAGGCUAGGAAUGCUGGGAUUCUUGAACAUGGACAUAGAAAAUUGUUCAGGAAAUCAAGGACUGAAGGAUCAAGUAAUGGCCUUGAGAUGGGUCCAGAAAAAUAUUGAAGCCUUUGGUGGUGAUAAAAGUAAUGUGACAAUUUUUGGAGAAAGUGCAGGAUCGGCUUCCGUCCAUUACCUUUGCAUUUCUCCUUUAGCCAAAGGUUUAUUUCACAAAGCGAUUGCUCAAAGUGGAGUGGGUAUCAAUCCCUGGGCAUUUCAGAAUUCCAAUAAAGAGAAUGCGAUGAAAGUUACCGCCGAAUUGGGCUGCGCGUCUUCAAACAAGGAAGAGAUUGCAGAAUUCCUCCGCUCUGUACCUGUUGAAAAGAUCCUUGUUACGCAAAACAAAGUUUUCGACGAAUCUCCAUUUAAACUGGAGUUUCAUUUCGUUCCCACCGUGGACAAUAAAUGCCCUGAUCCAUUCCUGCCCAAACCGCUGUCGGAAAUGAUUGAAAACGGAGUUGACGUUCCUUUAAUUAUUGGCUAUACCUCUGAUGAAGGGAUAAUUGCACUAGGUAGUUCUUCAUCUACUAUUGAGGAAAGAAUCAAGAAAUUGCUUGACAAUUUUGAAGCAGGUCUGUCUAAAGAUUUGAAGAUUAACUCAAGCGUUGCUUCCAAAUUUUCCAAAGAUGUGAAACAAUUUUACUUUGGUGAAAAUGGAAAAAAUAAAUCAGAACUGGAUAAUUUUGUGCAAUAUAAAGGAGAUGCACUAUUCUUAGCAGGAAUUUGGCAGAUAAUGGAAAAACAAUUGCACAAAAAAACACCGACGUAUUUGUACAAAUAUUCAAAUAUUCCAGAGUUUUCUCUGGUGCAAAUGUUUUUCAAACUUAACGUUAAAGGUGCUUGCCACGCUGAUGAUAUAACUCACAUGUUUUACAAAGCCAUGCUCCCUCCAAACAUGCAGCUUAAAGAAGGAACUAAAGAUUACAUAAUUAUGCAACGUGUAACAAGAAUGUGGACUGAUUUUGCAAAAACAGGGAAUCCAUCACCCAAAACAGACGAUCUUAUAAAAUCUAAAUGGUCUCCGUACAAUUCUGACCAAAAAUGCUGUCAUCACAUUGUGGAGAAUUUCAAAACAGAAGACAAUUACAAAGAAAAUUCGUGGGAUCUGUGGAAACCAAUAUAUCAAAAAUACAAGCUAUUUUAAUUUUUGAAUAAGUAUUUUUACGAAAAUUUCCAACAGGUAUUUCUCAUAUGAUUUACUGAACUGACGUGCAUUAAUUUUUUGUAUACUGAAAAUAAAUUUAUAUAUUGUA